GCAAGACAUAAUGCAGCUUUCUCUCGGGAGGGUCAGUUCAGUAAACCCUGCGGCAGAGUCUUCUCAUUAUUAUUUGCCACCAAAACACAUUUGAGUGGAGUAAUUUUCCAGGGACAAUAGCCGCCCCUGACGACUGACAAAACAUUUUUAUUUGGUCAGUGUGAUCAAUUGGUAGUUGUAGGUUGCCAGAACAUUACAGCUCAGAGGAAACAGUUGUCGUGAAAGCUCCCCUGAGGUGAAUUAUUGGUGUGUGUGGGGCAUCCAAAAUAGAUACUGAGGGAUGUUCAUUAGAUCUUUGUUCUCCAUUAUUAUAACAAACACAGAGUAAUUUUUACACAUGAAUGUGCUAUGGUAUGGAGCUACACACAGCUAGCAGGUCAUGUUGCCUCUCUGCAUAUCAGUAAUUUGAUUCUAGCAGCAAACAAAGACGGUCUCUGAGCAACCAGUGCUCACUGCAUCAUUAUGCCAGACAGCAGAUCUAUGACCUGCUCUGUCAACCACACACACAUACUGUAGACACACAUACACACUGUGAGUUUCUCCCCUGGCAGUAAUGACAGCAGUUUUGGAUCCCUUCAAGCCAUUCUCUGCAGAGCUGCAUGUCAUCAGACGGCUGAGCUCCAGGUUGCACAGGGCUGGAGGUGGUGAAGAUGGACGGGAAUCUGGACGUGUAAACUCUCCUUUUGCUAGAAGUCAGCCUUCGGCUGAGCGUGUCAACCUGGCUCCUUUACGAGACGACGUUCCCUUGCUGGAUCCUUGCUGCGGCCAGCUAAGUGCCGGAGCGGAGGUAGUCUUAGGGGUCAAAGGUCGACAGAAAUUCAUAGAUUUUCAGCAUGUGGCCUCUGCUCUGUGGGUGCCUCCAGGUUUCAGAGAGCGGCCACACACUGCCCCAAACUCCUCUGUUAUCUGUGUAGACCUGAGGGAAGAUAAGGAUUGGAACUCCAGGAGGAUCCCUGAUGCAGUUUUGAGAGCAACACUCAGUGGUUCAACCAAUCCUGUUAAAGUUCAACCACAUUCAGCGAGGACGUCAGCUAAAGCAACAUCACACAGCAGAUUCACUGAUAAACACGGUGCACCUCAGGAUGGCCUCUCUUCUGAUUUGAGACUGUGGACAGACGACUCACCAGCAGCUCGGCGCUUCAGAUACACCUCUGCAACACAGAGGAGUUAUGAGGAAGUUGGCUGGGAUACUAAGUUACCCCGGCGCUUGAAGGCACCGGAAACAACCCUGGAGAAUAUUGUGGACCCAGUGAGUGAGCGUCCCUCAUCAAGGCGCUACAAUAGUCGACCUCAGCUGUGGCAGUCUAUUGGAACUGAGUGGAACAGGCAGCAGCUUCGAUGGAGGAAUGAUGCCAGGAAACCCAUAUCAUUCUGCAGUGGAUGUCCAAGGUCAGGUCAAAUCCCUUUGUACACAGGUACAAUUGGCUCUGAGAACAUGGAUAACAUUGACAACAUGGAUGAAGACUUUCACCCGCUGACCCUGAGGAGGAGCGUCGUGCCCCAGUACGUGUCUACAGCACGCCGAACCACCAUCCCUGGAUGUACAGGCAGGGCUGCUUAUGCUAACUGUGCUGCUGAUGCUGCAGUCUCUGUCCCAGCUGUCUCCAGUGCUGCACGCUCCUCUGGGACAAUCAAAGAUUCGGGGGGACCUACUUUUGGCCAUGCAGCGCCUUUGUCUCGAAUGGUGACCACAGUGAACCCCUGCAACCCCUUCCUGAGACCUGCGCUUCCUGUCACACACAAACAUGCGAGGAGGCAUUAGACAAAGCAGAUGAGAAAGUUUUGAAGGACUGAGCCAGUAAGUCAGCGAAGAUGCACUGAGUGGACAUGCAUCUUCAAACAGAAAGAAACAAAGAGGAAAAUGCUGUAAGAAAGAAGCAAUGUGCAGAGGUUCUGACAUGAUCCAGAUUCAGGACACUUGCU